GCCGGCCUUGGAAAAGGAGGAGGAGAAAGGAGGUAAGGGGGGCAGUGGGAGCCACGGCCCACAGUGCCAAGGACCGCGCAGGGCCAACCGGACCUCCGGCGGGGCGGCUGGGAAAGGUUCUGGCAUAGCUCAGCAGAAGAACUGCCCUUUUCCAGACCCCCAAGACCUGCCCACUGCUGCUGCACGAGGGCCAAGGGAAUGCCGACUGCUCUCUGGGUGGGCACUGGUGCUCCAGAGCCAGCCGGGAAGAUUGGCGCGCCCAGCCCCAGCCCAGCCCAGGGCUGUCAGAAGCUGCAAGCUGAUAUCUGUCCAGAUUUCCAAGCAGCCUCCACCCCCUCAGAGAUCUGCUUUCCUGCUUGUGGUGGCAGCUCAUGAAGCACCUUGUUGGAAUACCUGUCAGCGCCUAACAAGAAACCUACAGCCUGAGACACCAGACACGUUCCCCCAGGACACCUGGCCCUCCCAAGGGCCAAGGCAUGGACCCCUGACGCCUUUGCUUAGAACAGUUUUUGUGCCUCUGUCCUGGACUUCUGAGCCCAGAGCCCAGCCCAGGGACCAGGAUGGGUCGUGAACAGGACCUGAUUCUUGCCGUCAAAAACGGAGAUGUGACUGGUGUGCAGAAACUGGUGGCUAAAGUCAAGGCUGCAAAGACAAAGCUCCUGGGCUCCACGAAGAGGCUCAAUGUCAACUACCAGGAUGCCGACGGAUUCUCUGCUCUUCACCAUGCCGCCUUGGGGGGCAGCCUGGAGCUCAUAGCCUUGCUGCUGGAGGCUCAGGCCACCGUGGACAUCAAGGACAGCAAUGGCAUGCGUCCACUGCACUACGCAGCCUGGCAGGGUCGGCUGGAGCCCGUGAGGCUGCUGCUGCGGGCCUCUGCGGCCGUCAACGUCGCCUCUCUGGAUGGGCAGAUCCCGCUGCACCUGGCUGCCCAGUAUGGCCACUACGAAGUGUCAGAAAUGCUCCUCCAGCAUCAGUCCAAUCCCUGCCUGGUCAACAAAGCCAAGAAGACGCCCCUGGACCUGGCCUGUGAGUUUGGGCGGCUCAAGGUGGCCCAGCUACUGCUGAACAGCCAUUUAUGUGUGGCCCUGCUGGAGGGUGAGGCCAAGGACCCGUGUGACCCCAACUACACCACGCCCUUGCACUUGGCUGCCAAGAAUGGUCACAGAGAGGUCAUCAGGCAGCUCCUGAGAGCUGGAAUUGAGAUCAACCGGCAGACCAAGACGGGCACGGCGCUGCACGAGGCUGCGCUGUACGGCAAGACCGAGGUGGUGCGGCUGCUCCUAGAGGGCGGGGUGGAUGUGAACAUUCGGAACACGUACAACCAGACUGCACUGGACAUUGUGAAUCAGUUCACCACCUCCCAGGCCAGCCGGGAAAUCAAGCAGCUGCUGCGGGAGGCCUCAGGGAUCCUGAAGGUUCGCGCACUCAAGGAUUUCUGGAACCUUCACGAUCCCACUGCCCUCAAUGUCCGGGCAGGGGACGUCAUUACGGUGCUGGAGCAGCAUCCCGAUGGCCGCUGGAAGGGGCACAUCCACGAGAGCCAGAGGGGCACAGACCGUGUGGGCUACUUUCCUCCUGGCAUCGUCGAAGUGGUCAGCAAGCGAGUGGGCACCCUUACAUCCCGCCUCCCCUCCGUGCCCACCGCGCUGCGUCCAAACUUCUCCCGGACUCCACAACCCCCUGCUGAUGACCCCCUGCACCCCAUCACCUAUGGCCAGCUCCCACGAGUGGGCCUGAGCCCAGACAGCCCAGCAGGUGACAGGAAUAGCGUGGGCAGCGAGGGCAGUGUGGGCAGCAUCCGCAGUGCUGGCAGCGGGCAGAGUUCCGAGGGCACCAAUGGCCAUAGUACUGGACUCCUUAUUGAGAAUGCCCAGCCACUUAUGUCUGCCGGAGAGGACCAGGUGCUACCAGGACUGCACCCCCCAUCCCUGGCAGACAACCUGAGCCACCGCCCUGUGGCCAACUGUCGCUCUGGGGAGCAGCUCUUCACCCAGGACGUGAGGCCAGAGCAGCUGCUGGAGGGGAAGGAUGCGCAGGCCAUCUAUAACUGGCUGAGUGAGUUCCAGCUGGAGGGCUACACCGCCCACUUUCUGCAAGCUGGCUACGACGUGCCCACCAUCAGCCGCAUGACACCCGAGGACCUGACGGCCAUCGGGGUGACCAAGCCUGGGCACAGGAAGAAGAUUGCCUCGGAGAUUGCCCAGCUCAGCAUCGCCGAGUGGCUGCCCAGCUACAUCCCGGCAGACCUGCUGGAGUGGCUGUGCGCGCUGGGGCUGCCGCAGUACCACAAGCAGCUGGUGAGCAGCGGCUAUGACUCCAUGGGGCUGGUGGCCGACCUCACCUGGGAGGAGCUGCAGGAGAUCGGUGUUAAUAAGCUUGGACAUCAGAAGAAGCUCAUGCUGGGUGUGAAGCGUCUAGCUGAGCUCCGGCGGGGCCUGCUGCAGGGGGAGGCCCCAGGCGAGGGCAACCGCCCACUGGCCAGGGGCCCGGAGCUGAUGGCCAUUGAAGGGCUGGAGAAUGGGGACGGACAUGCUGUGGCUGGCCCACGCCUUCUCACCUUUCAGGGCAGCGAGCUGAGCCCAGAGCUACAGGCAGCCAUGGCAGGGGGCGGCCCUGAGCCGCUCCCCCUGCCCCCUGCCCGUUCCCCCAGCCAGGAGAGCAUUGGGGCACGCUCACGAGGGUCUGGUCACUCACAGGAACAGCCUACCCCCCAGCCCAGUGGUGGAGAUGCCAGCACCCCACAGGAAAGGAACCUUCCAGAAGGCACAGAGCGGCCUCCUAAGCUUUGUUCUCCACUUCCUGGCCAAGGCCCUCCCCCUUAUGUGUUUAUGUACCCCCAGGGCUCACCCUCCAGCCCAGCCCCAGGGCCAACCCCAGGUGCACCCCGGGCCUUCUCAUAUUUGGCUGGCCCGCCUGCCACUCCUCCAGACCCGCCUCGGCCCAAGCGCCGGUCCCACAGCCUGAGCCGCCCUGGCCCAACUGAGGGGGAAAUAGAGGGCGAGGCCGAAGGGCCAGUGGGCAGUGCCUUGGGCAGUUAUGCCACCCUCACUCGGCGACCAGGACGCAGUGCCCUAGCCCGGGCCAGCCCCAGCCAGACCCCAGCUCGAGGGGCUCCCCGCAGCCAGUCCUUUGCCCUUCGGGCCAGACGCAAAGGCCCUCCACCACCUCCCCCAAAGCGCCUCAGCUCCGUCUCGGGCCCCACCCCAGACCCACCUCCACUGGAUGGAGGCCCGGGGCCCAAAGAGGGGGCCACAGGGCCCCGAAGGCGAACACUGAGUGAACCAGCUGGGCCGUCGGAGCCCCCUGGCCCACCUACCCCAGCCGGCCCCGCAUCAGACACAGAGGAAGAAGAGGACCCAGGACCUGAGGGGACAGCCCCGUCUCGGGGAAGCUCAGGGGAAGGGCUCCCGUUCGCGGAGGAGGGCAACCUGACUAUCAAACAGCGGCCAAAGCCCGCUGGCCCUGCACCCCGGGAGACGCCCGUGCCCGCCGGCCUCGAGUUCAACCUCACCGAGUCAGACACUGUAAAGCGGAGGCCCAGAUGCCGCGAGAGAGAGCCGCUGCAGACGGCACUUAUGGCCUUCGGAGUGGCCAAUGCCAUGCCCAGCCCUUCUGUCCCUGUGCCCUCCCAGACCCCCAGUGAGUCUCCCGUGGCUUCUCCCAGCCCCCCUCAGCCUGACCCUAACAGCCUUUCAACGCAAGGAGCUCCAGCCCCUCUUUUUCCCAGCCCCCCAACCCAACCUCCCAUGGCCCCCUGCCCUGGGCCAGCUCUGGAAAACUCGGCAGUCAAUCGGCAGCACAGGGAGCCAGAGCCCCCAGCUCCCCCUGCUGCCCUCAUCAAGAUGCCUGGAGCAGGAAUGGCUCCCAAGCCUGUGUCCGUGGCCUGCACCCAGCUGGCAUUUUCUGGUCCUAAGUUGGCUCCCCGACUUGGCCCCCGCCCUGUACCGCCUCCAAGGCCGGAGAGCACAGGGGCUGCAGGCUCGGGCCGGGCCCAGCAGAGACUGGAGCAGACCAGCUCGUCCCUGGCAGCUGCACUGCGGGCGGCGGAGAGGAGCAUUGGUGCCGAGGAGCGAGAGGGCCCCCCCAGCACCUCCACCAAGCACAUUCUGGAUGACAUCAGCACCAUGUUUGAUGCCCUGGCGGACCAGCUAGAUGCCAUGCUGGACUGAGCCGGACCUUCCACAGCCUUCGGCAGCGCCCCUGGGUCCUUCAGCAUCCACUGCCUUUGCCCCAAUGCAAAAGGAGCUCCUGCCAGCCUAUCAGGGCCCCUCCUGCUGCUCUAAGCCAGUGGCUGUCAGCACUGAGGUUCCAGGGAGGCUGUGGAGAUUGCCCGCUCCUGCAGCGGGUCCAAGGGGACUCAUCAGAACCUGACAUCUCAGCGAAAACCCCUCCAGUGUGUAACCUGAGCAGGGAGCCCUACCCCUCGGACAAGGGCCCUGGUAAGAGCUCCCUCCCCAGGGAGAGAGGCGGGGCCGAGUUUCUAGGGUGCCGUCUCUGCCUCCCCGAAGUGUCUCAAGCGCCUGUGCCAAGGUCCCCUCGCCACCUGCUGUGCUGUUUUGGGGCUGAGGCUGGAGGUGGCCAUGUGUCUGGCAGGGUCCCCACAGCUGCACAUAGGACAUGUAAAUAAGCCACCGGGGCCUGCCCGGCGGUGGUGGCAGUGCCCAGGCCAGACGCUGGUCCCUCCCCUGCCUGCCCUCAGUGAGGCAGGGCUGGUGGGGGUGGGGACAGUGGGAUUAACAGACCCCCAAAGUCCAAGCUUUUUCAACUGUAAAUAUUUUUUAAGCAGAGAGAAAUGCAUAUAUUUUAAAUGGAAUUUAUUCUAUCUAUAACUGCCUGAGAAGAUGCAGUGGGGGAGGGGCUUCGGACCACAGGAAGAGUGCCCGCCGCCCACCUCAGGGCCAGAGGCCUGGCUUGGUUGGCCAGACCCGGGUUCUGUCACCAUUAACCUCUUGCCCCAACUAACACCAAUGAAGUGUCAUUCCACGUGA